AUGGUGCUCCGUUCAUCAGCAAUAGCAGGAGCGUGUGCAGGGUUAGUUUCCUCCGUCGUAACAUGUCCCCUCGACGUUGUGAAAACUCGACUUCAAGCACAAGAAGGGCGGAGACGAAGUCCUCCUGCUGCUCCUACAAUACCCAAUAUCCCAACACCAACUUCUUCCCUCUCUCCUCACUCACGGCCGCCACCACCAGCCCCGGCACCAGCACCUCCAACAUACCUCGGUCUGCGAGCAACACUUGGCAACAUCUACCACAACGACGGCUUUCGUGGCUUUUACCGUGGCCUGGGACCUACCAUCUUCGGCUACCUUCCAACAUGGGCUAUUUACUUUACCGUUUAUGACAAUUGUAAAUCCCUCUACCCCUCCUCUUCUGCCUCUGAAGAGUUUAUCAAUCACAUUCUAUCGGCAAUGACAGCUGGAGCGGUUAGCACUAUCUGCACUUCUCCUCUAUGGGUGGUUAAGACGAGAUUUAUGCUGCAGAGUACGAAAGAUACCAAGAUUAAGCCAUAUAGGCAUACGGGAGACGCUUUUGUUCAGAUUUUCAGGUCAGAGGGGGUGAGGGGUUUUUAUAAGGGAUUAUUGCCAAGUUUGUUUGGAGUAAGUCAUGUGGCUGUCCAGUUUCCGCUCUAUGAAUGGUUUAAAGGAAUUGCCCGAGACAGAAGGGUCGGGGGUGAAGGGGAGGGUGGGGAGUUGGAUGCAAGUACGAUUUUGUUGUGCAGUAGUUCAGCAAAGAUGAUUGCUAGUGUCACAACCUACCCACAUGAAGUCUUGCGAACUCGGUUGCAGAUGCAACCUCGCAAUCAUCCCCGAACACCAGGGUCAACAGGGACAACAUCGUUGACCCGCCCUCCAACCUCGUCCAAGCCAACAAUAGCGUCAACGAUCAAACAAAGCGUCAACGAAACCAAAAACGCCGUCGUAGAAGGCGUAAAAGGGACCGGAAGGUACACAGGCGUAAUCCAAGCAAGUCGAACAAUAGCAAGAGAAGAAGGGAUAAGAGGAUUCUACAAAGGCAUGACGGUGAAUCUGGUAAGGACUGUACCAAGUUCAGCUUUGACUAUUUUGACUUACGAAUUGAUUAUGCAACAUUUAAGUAGUCAACAUGACGCUGGCUAA